AUGGAAGCCAACUGGGGUUCAAAGCUGGGCUUGAUUGCAGACAGCACACUUGUCACAGUCUUUGAACGAAACCGCUGUCGAACCAACAAUCUCAGCUCGGCUUCACAGGACAAGACCAUCGAAAAGAACAUGCCCCGUCUCAGAGAAGGACUCCAACAACUCGAGGCAGAACUCUCACAAGCAGAACAGGACGGCUCUGUACCGUCAAAAGAACUCGCAAGUCGAGAAGAUACCCUCAUCAAGCUGCAACAGCAAUUAGAGAAACUGGAAGCGCUCCUCCAGGACAAGGAUGACGCCGACGCAAGAGCUGUGCUACUUGGACUGAACCAAAACUCGUCAAAGCAUUCUAGGUCAAAGAUUGUGCGGUUCUCAGAGAACGAAGUAGAAGUCGAUAAUCUGGACAACAGCCAAAUGCUCCAACUGCAUCAGCGAAUUAUGGAUGAUCAGGACCAGAACUUGGAUCGACUCAGCGUGUCGUUGGGACGGCAGCAAGAGAUUGGAUUGACGAUCAAUGAUGAAUUGGAGUCGCAAGUUGGCAUGUUGGAUGAUACAGAGCACCUUGUGGACCGCACGGGAAAUCGUCUCUCGAUUGCUGGUCGUCAGUUGGCCAAAGUUGCCAAGGGCACUAAAGGAUGUGGAUCUUGGAUGACCAUCCUUAUCCUUGUAAUGGUUCUUGUUGUAGUCAUCAAGCUGUAG